GAACGUUCGUAUUUUAUUUGAAGCCUACUUAAUCCAAUGGAUACGCAGGAGGCUGGAACGGUAAGAAAUCCCCGAAACAAGUGUUUCCUUUUAAAACGCUGCCUUUAAUUAGAGUCCUCGUUUAUUACACUAAGAAAAGUUUGAUUUCCAGAUGUUCACUUAUGAAAGCUUAUCUUGGAGGAAGGCCAUACACCUGUUGUAAUGGAGUGUCCUUCAAACGCCCAGUUCCGAUUGUUCUAUUUACAAAUUGGUAGAAAUUACAGGUUGCGUUUGAAAACACAGACUCGGGAAAAUGGGAAGUAGCUGGGAGUGGUUGUGAAGAUGCUGGUGGGAACAUCCCAGUAUCGGCCGCCAGCUAGUACUCCGGCCAUAGGAUAUUCGGGGGAAACCGUGAAGCUCGGGUAACUUAGGCCGCGCGGACUUGUUUGAGAACUUCAGGAGCGCGGCGCGGGAAGGAGACGUCACUGCCUUCUCUCGGCUCCCAGGCGACGUCCCGGAGCCUGUGGAGGGGAGUGUGGGCUCCGGGGCGCGGCCCUGGAAAAAGCGUUUUAUUCUCUCUUUUGAUUCGCACUGGGGAAAUCACUGGAGCCCUGUUGACGCUUCUAAAGGCCCCGUACAGCCCCAAAGAAGUUACAGGAGGGUUUUCCGCAUAAGUCACGGGAGCCGUGCCCUCUCGCUGUCGCCCUGAGGCGCAAGGGAGGGGAGCGUUGAGUCCGGCCGGCGCCUCCCGAACGCCCCUCGUGGGCGGGCUUGGGAGCUGCCCUGCAGGGGAAGAGCGCGCCACAGCGCCCAGGGUAGCUCGUCGGCCCCGCCGCGGCACGUGGGAAGGCCGGGAAGGCCUCAGGGGCGGGUCAGGCGCACGGGACGGUGGCAACAGCUUGUUAUGCACUUGCAGCAGGGUCUAAUUGUGCGCUCGUGAAACCAAAACGCAGAAAAGGUCCUGACCAGGCGUGUCCCUCUUCGGCGUCGCCGGGAACGGCAACGGCGCUGACGAGGGCUGGCCCCCGGCCUCUACCUCUCCCCGGCCAUUUCACGUUCACCACAGGCUGGGAACGCACGCCCCUCCUGACACCGCCCGGGACUCUUAUCUGGGUGCCUCGCGGACCAACCGCUCUUCCUCCGCCCCGGAAGAAAAGGCUUGUUUUGCAAAGGGCGGUGGCAGCCUCCGACGUUACUGGGCUGCGGAGCCCGACCCCUGCUCGCCCAGAAGUGCGGUGUGCUGGAGGCGACAGGGGAGCCGCCGCAAGGUCCCAGCGGGGCCGCGCGGAGGGCGGCGGAGCGGGAGGCGCUAGGGGACGAGAGGCGGGAGCGGGCGAGCACCAAUCACAGCACGGCCCCGCCCUAUAAAUACGCCGCGCCGGGGCCGCGGGCGUCUUCCUGCUUGUCAGGUCUUGGUUACUUGCUGGGUGUGCUCCGAUCUCACCAUGUCCGAGACCGCGCCGCCGGCUCCGGCUACCUCCACUCCCCCCGAGAAGCCUGCAACGGUCGGCAAGAAAACAAAGAAGCCGGUUAAGGCUGCGGCCACCGCCAAGAAGAAGUCCGUGGGCCCCUCGGUUUCGGAGCUGCUCGUGCAGGCGGUGUCCUCUUCCAAGGAGCGCAGCGGCGUGUCCCUGGCGGCGCUCAAGAAGGCGCUGGCGGCUGCCGGCUACGACGUGGAGAAGAACAACAGCCGCAUCAAGCUGGGCCUCAAGAGCCUGGUGAGCAAGGGCACCCUGGUGCAGACCAAGGGCACCGGCGCCUCGGGCUCCUUCAAGCUCAACAAGAAGGCGGCCUCCGGCGAGGCUAAGGCCAACCCCCCAAAGGUGGCGAAAGCCAAGGUGACGGGCGCUUCUAAGAAACCCAAAAAGGUCACAGCGGCCAUUAAAAAAACGGUCAAGACUCCGAAAAAGGCCAAAAAACCGGCUGUGGCCAAGAAGACGUCCAAGAGUCCCAAGAAGCCCAAGGUUGUGAAGCCCAAGAAAGUAGCCAAGAGCCCCUCCAAAGCCAAGGCUGUGAAGCCCAAAGCGGCCAAGGCGAAGGUGACCAAGCCAAAGACGGCUGCGAAGCCCAAAAAGGCCGCACCCAAGAAAAAGUAGAGUUGCAGUUGGAACUUGUUCCAGUAACCCAACGGCUCUUUUAAGAGCCACCAACAUAUUUCAGAGGAAAGAGCUUUAAUACGUGUAUUUCGGCUCCCACGUGGAGUUGCCACCCAGUUGCGAGGACGGUUUUGGGCUAAUCCUUACCCCACACCGCAAUUUCUUAGAGACUUAAUAUAUUCUCGCUGAUGUGCCUAACCUUCCUAGGCGAAACUUAGCGGUUUGGCAACCAGCGGCCUACUGUGUUGUCUUGCCUAGUUAACUACGUCGGCGAUGCGUGGGGAGCUAAUCGUCCCCGGCUGUGCUGUAAGUCCACACCUUUAACGCCACGCGGACUACGGUCGUGGCAAAAGCCCCGCCCCGGCCCUAGCUGGAAGCGUGCGCACCUGGAGAUUGCCCUAGUUGAGUUAAAAGCCGGGCCCUGCGGUAUUUGGGACAAUAGUGUUUAAAGCGGCCUUUUAUGGACUUGGGCUCCUAUGAGAAGUGCUUGUGGGGUAACCAGUGAAACCGAAUGCUUGGCCACCCUCCGCAAAUGCGGCGCGCCAGCUGGAUGUCCUUGGGCAUGAUGGUGACGAGCUUUGGCGUGGAUGGCGCAGAGGUUGGUGUCCUCGAGGAGCCCCACUAGGGCACUGUCACUUUCCACAUGGGGAAUCCUAACUACAGAGGAAGCAGAUAAGGAGGCAGGUCUGGAGCUCCACCACUGAUGUCCCAUGACUGACCCGCCGUCCCAGCCCCCCGGAGGAGGAGCAGAUCCUGUGUGGCCCAAAGCUCCCAUUAUGAAUUACACUGUUGACUGUCCAGUGGCCGAGGCCG